UCUCUCACUGUAGACAUUAACUGUACAGGCAUCACUCAACUGGAUUUAACAGCCGUGUGAAACUCCACAAUGGCUUUUACACUUCAGACUGCCUUUUUGGUCAUAGCUACACUAUGUGUCCUGCAGCAAGGGUUUGGAUAUCCACUAUAACAACCUGAAGCAUCUAGCAAUCCACCUGCUAUCAAAAGAGUCCGUACCAAACGCUGUUCCUGUAGUAGCUGGUUAGACAAUGAGUGCAUCUAUUUCUGCCAUUUGGACAUCAUCUGGGUCAACACACCAAAUAAGAUUACUCCGUUUGGUCUUGGAAGUCCUCUAUCUCGUCGCCGGCGUUCAACUAGUAGAUGUGAAUGUGCGAAUCCCACCGACCGUACCUGCUCCAGCUUCUGUCACACCAGUUCUGAAGAUCCAGAUAUGGAGUUUGUGACUCAACUUGAUAACCAGUCAAAUCACGUGGACAAAACUAGUGAUCAUCUGCUGUUGUCGCUCAGGAGGGUGGUAAAAGACAACCUCAUGACAGCUACACGAUUUGCUUCACCCAAGAAGAAAUCCAGGAUCAGCUAGACAGAGAGUGAGAUACUGCAGAAAGAAGAGAAAUGACUGUAGAAGUGAGCUUCUGAACAAAAUCAUUCCUGGAUGAAGAGGAUCUGCUUCUUGAGAGGAGGACAAAAGCAUGGCGGAUUCUCAGAAUUCCAGAUGAACUGAACCACUGAGGCACAAACCUUCAGAUACUUCAGUUGAGCUGGAGCCGAAACCACUGUUCGCUAAAGUGCAAAGAUGAUUUAUAUGGUGAAUAGAAGGACAUUUCCACUUUUACACCAGUGAACUGGUGGCAUAUGCCACAUGAGGGAGUAAACAUUUAGCUCAGAAAGGCUUUCUGAAAGCCUAAUCUAAUUUUUUGACACUAAAUGUUCAGUAAAACAUUAUUUUUGUGUGCUUGUUACACAUUAGCUAUGCAUAAUUAGAUGAAAUAACCUCAAAUGAAGCCAUAACCCAGUACACACUGUUUCUUAACACUCAUUAUUAAAGUUUCCCUCUGUAUCAGAGAUAAAUACUAUUAUUUAUUUGUUUAUUUAUUAAUUAUUUAUUAAUAUAUGUAUUUAUUUAUUUUAUUUUAAUUUGGAGUUUAGUUUUAUCAUUUCUUUGAUCUGUUUUGUAUUUUUACAAAAUGAGAAAAUGCCAUGAGGAAUGUUUAUGUGUUUUCUUUUUUAUGACUCCUUCUUCCCUCCAUGUUUUCCCCUCAUUUUCCCUUGAGUGAAGGCGGAAGUAUUUAUUGCAUACUUCCAAUAGGCUUUUUUUAAUUGUUCAGAUUCCAGCAAGUUUCAAUAGCACAAAG